AUGCGAAGUAAGAAAACAAAAAACCCUUCUCUUCUCGACAUGGAGAACGAGAACGAGAAGAACCUCAGUCUACCUACCGAGUUGAUCAUUGAAAUUCUGCUUCGGCUACCGGUGAGAUCUUUACUGCGCUUUAGAAGGGUUUGUACGUCAUGGUCCUCCCUCAUUUCUGAUCCCCAAUUCGCAGAAUCCCAUUUUGACUUGAAUGCUGCACCCACUGAUCGUCUUCUUCUUCGAUUUAUCAAUGAGAAUAGGGCUAGAGUUCAAUCCUUUGAUCUAGCUUCAUCACUUCGCGACCGUUCUGCUGUCAAAACCCUCAAUUUCCCCUCUCCAUCCAUGUCGUGUGAUCACAACCCUAUACAUUUCUUAGGUUCUUGCAGGGGGUUUAUGCUUUUAGCCUAUGAACGUACUUCUGAUUUCAUUGUGUGGAAUCCAACAACAGGUUUCGAUAAACAAAUUCAACAUUUUGAAAGUGACUUCAUGUCUGCCUCUCUACAUGGUUUUGGGUAUGACAAAUCAACAGAUGAUUAUUUUGUUGUUCUUAUAAGACUACUGAUUAGAGCUAACCAAGCUGAAAUUCAGGCUUUUUCUUUGAAAUCCGAAUCAUGGCAUGUCACUAAGUCUGUUAAUAGUCAAUAUGUGGAUCAUGGUGAUGAUUUCAGCUCCGGGGUAUUCUUGAAUGAUUCUCUUCAUUGGCUGGUUGCUCCUACCGCUAGGGAUACAAAUGCUUAUGUAGUUGCUGCCUUUGAUUUGGUAGAAAAGAGUUUAUCAGAGAUUGAGAUUCCUCUUUCACCUAAUUUAGCAGCAUUUGUGACAGGGAAAGUGUAUCAUUUGAGGGUUUUGGGAGAAUGCCUCAGUGUGUGUUCCUCGGGUGGACAUACGUAUGGUAGGGCUGAUAUAUGGGUCAUGAAAAAAUAUAAAGUGCAGGCUUCUUGGACCAAAACUUUUGUCAUAUCUUCUUGUCACAUUCCUUGCAGACACUUUUAUCCAGUAUGUUUCGUUGAAGGUGGGGGAGUUGUUGGAACUAAUGGUCGUGGAACAUUGAUGAAAUUUAGUUCCAAGGGAGAACUGCUUGAGCAUCACAAAUAUGAUCGGGAGUACAAAAAGGUUUUAAAAUAUUUUGAGAUGUAUAGAGAGAGUCUGCUGUUAUUCCCUGGUGAACAACGACCCAUCCUUUGUGCAACAUCACUCCCUGGUGACUUUAAGGAAGCAACUGAAGAGGAUGAAGAGAAAGCAUUUGAAGAUGAAGAAGCAAUUGAAGAUGAGUAUGCAAGUGGAGAUGAGGAAGAUGAUGCAACGGAUGAUUCAAAUGCAUCUGAAGGUGGGUAUCCAACUGAAGAUGAGGAAGAUGCAACUGAAGAUGAGGAAGAGGGAGAAACUGAAAAUGAUGAUGAUGAUGAUGACGAUGAUGGUGAUGAUAAUGAGGAUGAAGAUGAAGAUGACCUACUGUAACUGUUCAAGAUUCAAGAAAAAAUAAUUAACACUUGGUGCCUUUGUUCGAUGUUUUGACUUGAAGUUGUGGAGAUACUGUGGUCUUAACCAUAUAGUACCUUAAAGAUGGGAUGGAGCGAAAGGUUUUGAAACUAGUCAAGUUGUGUUAUGAAUUGAACUUGCGUGUAAUUGAUUUAAGUAUUUAACCACUUUGUCACAUUGAUCUAUUGUUUGAUAAGGUUUUUUUUGGCGUUCUUUCAUGAUAUCCCUUAUGAUACUAAGUAGUUUGGAUGUCUAUUGUAAGGACGGUGCAAUGGAUUAAAAAGAAUUAGAGAUUCAACUUGA